AUGGGAGACAAAGGAUUUUCAGCACUUCGUCCCACUCUCUGCUUCGUUUCCGUUAUUCUAACGCUGCAACUCGUUUAUGGAGACCUGAGUUAUUCUACACCAGAAGAGAUGAAACGAGGGUCUGUUAUUGGAAAUGUAGCAAAGGAUCUCGGUCUUGAUAUGAGGACCUUAUCAUCUCGAAAGGCCCGGGUCGAUAUUGAAGGGACACGUAAACGGUACUGUGACAUGAAUCUGAAUAACGGGGAUUUGAUCACCACGGAGAGAAUCGACAGAGAAAGCCUUUGUGGAAAGAAACCGUCGUGUGUUCUCAAAGUAGAUCUGGUGUUAGAAAAUCCUCUGGAGCUUCAUCGUGUCAGUCUUCAUGUUCAAGAUGUAAAUGACAACUCUCCAAAAUUUAGACAGAAUUUGAUUGAAAUGGAAAUAAGCGAGUCAGCUGAGAAGGGAAACCGCUUCUCUAUCGAGGAGGCCCAUGACGCAGAUAUAGGUCAAAAUACUGUUCAGAGGUACAACCUGCAAAAGAAUGACCACUUUAUUCUCGCUGUUGAUAAUAACCAGGUGGAGCUUGUAUUGGAGAAUAAACUCGAUCGUGAAAAGCAAAACGAGAUUAAUCUGCUUCUGACAGCUCUAGAUGGCGGCUCUCCUCAGAGAUCAGGUACCGUAGUUAUACACGUCACUGUGCUGGAUGCUAAUGAUAACGCCCCAGUGUUCAGUCAGGCCGUUUAUAAAGCCAGUCUGCCUGAAAACCCUCCUCCUGAUACCGUAGUGAUUAAUGUCAGUGCUACUGACGCAGACGAAGGAGUGAAUGGAGACGUAAAUUAUCAAAUCGGUCACGUGUCGGAUGACGACGUCAAAUUAUUUUCAAUUGAUCCUAAAACAGGAGAAAUUACAGUAACCGGUGUGAUUGACUUUGAAGAAAGCAGUUCUUUUGAAAUGAGAAUUCAAGCUAAGGAUGGUUUAGGACUAACAUCUUACGCUAAAGUUAUAAUUGAUGUUACUGAUGUGAACGACAAUGCUCCAGUUAUAUAUUUAAAAUCCCUGAGUAACCCCAUACCUGAGAACGUGUCACCUGGUACAGAGGUGGGCAUCAUUAACGUGCAGGAUGCAGAUUCUGAUAGUAACCAAAAGGUUCGCUGCUCCAUUCAACAAAAUAUGAUUCUCCAGAGGUAG